AUGUUUUUGAAUGAGGGGUUACCAAGAAUGUUUGCCGAUGAUACGAAUAUAAGUUUUCAAAGUAAUAACUUUGACGACCUCGAAAGAGUUAUGAAUACUGAACUUGAAAAAAAUAAAAAGUGGCUUAAUGUUAAUAAAUUAAGUUUGAACAUUGCCAAAACCGAAUUCAUGGUUAUCGGUUCUCGUCAAAGACUAUCAACUUUCGAUGACCAUGAUAUUAAUGUUAUUGUCGAUAAGAAACAAAUCGAAAAGGUAGAGAGUACUAAAUCACUAGGACUUUCUAUUGACGAAAACUUGACCUGGAAAAAACAUAUUGACGAUAUUUCUAAAAAAGUAUCAUCAGGAAUAAGUGCUUUAAAACGAAUAAGAAGUUUUGUCAACCAGGAUACAGCAGUUAGAGUGUAUCAGGGAUUAAUUGAGCCAUAUUUUUCAUAUUGUGCUCCUGUUUGGGACGGCAUUGGUAGUAAAUUGAGCGACAAACUUCAAAAACUCCAAAAUAGAGCUGCACGUGUUAUAACUUGCUCUCCCUAUGAUGCCUCCUCUAGCUCUGUUCUUGAAAAACUUGGUUGGAAUAACUUGCAUGUCAACCGUAAAAUGCAAAAAGCGAUUCUGAUGUAUAAAGUCAGGAACAAUUUAACACCUAUGUAUUUACAAGAUUUGUUUGUCACUAGAGUUAAUCACUAUAGUCUCAGAAAUACAAAUGGCAAACUAUUCGUUCCUAAACCUAAAACUGACUAUCUUAAACGUUCCUUCAGUUUUAGUGGAGCUUCAAUAUGGAAUAGCUUGCCUGAGCCCUUGCGUCUCUCUGAAUCUCUUUCUUCAUUUAAAAGAUCUCUAAGAAUUAAUUGUAAUUCUAUUUAGCUUAAUCCGACCCCCACACGGCAACCUGGUAGAACAGUAGUUUUUAUAUAUCGUUACAUAAUUUAUAUACUAUAGUUUAGAGUAAUUUAUCAUCUUUACAUGUAUUUUACUGAAUGGUUUACCGUGUUUUAAAUAAA